CGGCUGCUUGUUCCUCCUGUCCCUGCUCGGUCUUAUCGGCUGUUAUUCCCAGCCCCAAAAUGUGGUUCUAUCUGGAGGCAUGAGUCAGAAUGUAACUUUCAAAAUAGGAGAACCCGUAGCCUCUAAAGAUAUCCUGUGGAAAAAAGGCAAGAAUAAAGUCAUCGAAUGGGAGGAGAACCUUUACUGGGAGCCCAGAUCUUUCCCGCCUUUUAUAAACAGGACUCAUUUAGACACCCAGACCGGGAACCUCACCAUCUUCAAUGUCACAUCCUCAGACGAGGAUGAGUAUGAAGUGGAAUACGGCGGCGCUAAGAGCAGCACCAAGUUUACUCUGAAAGUGGUUGAUCCGGCCCUGCGGGUGGACACGGUGGUCCCCAACGCCAUGGUGCCCGAGAAGGCCGCCUUCCAGCUAGGCUGCAGCAUCGCGUCUCACUCGAGCCAGGACUCCUACUUCGCUGUGGCCUGGUUUUCCCUGAGGAUGAAAGUCGUCGGGGACAAGGGCAGCCCUGGCCUGGAAGGACAGGAGGAGCAGGACCCCACCGAGCGGAGGGCAUUGCUGAGCGUGGGCCCUGACGGGGUCUUCGGCCCAGAGGGAGGCCCCUGGGAGGACAGACUCCGCUUCCAGAGGCCCUCGCUGCUGCUCUUCCGGCUCACGGUGCUGCAGGCCAGCCCGCAGGACACGGGCAACUACUCCUGCCGCGUGGAGGAGUGGCUGCCCAGCCUUCAGGGAGAUUGGUACCUGCUGGCCAAGGAAGAGUCGGCCCCCAUCAGCAUCCGCGUCCUGGACACUGGUGAGUUUCCCCAGCUGGCAGGGGAGGGUCGCACCUGGUGA